AUGCAGGGUUUCAACAUGGGACGCUACGUCCCCCCCGACGUCGAAGGCACAAUCUCCGCCAACACCCUCCACAAAAAACACCCCCUCGGCGCCCGCGCCUCCAAACCAGGCUCCCUGACCGUCCGCUUCGAGCUCCCCUACGCAGUCUGGUGCAACACCUGCCCAAAGCCCACAAUCAUAGGCCAAGGCGUCCGCUUCAACGCCCAGAAGCGCCGCGUCGGCAGCUACUUCUCCACGCCUAUAUGGAGUUUUCGGUUUAAGCACGUCGAGUGCGGCGGCGAGAUCGAGAUCCGCACCGAUCCUAAGAACACGGCGUACGUGGUCGUCGCGGGCGGCGCGAAGCGGGAUACAGGGGAAGAUGUGCCUCGCGAGGGAGAUAAUGUUAUAAUGACGGACCAGGAGCGUGAGGCGCUUAGGAACAACGCCUUUGCGAGCCUGGAGAAGACAAUCGAGGAUAGAGAGCAGCUCGUAAAUGCGACGCUGCGGAUAGAUGAGCUUCUUGAAGCGUCGGCAAAGCACUGGGAUGAUCCGUAUACGCAGAAUCAGAAGCUGCGAAAGGCUUUUAGGGUGGGGCGCAAGGAACGCGAGCGCGAUGCAAAAGCAACGGGAGAUCUGCAAGAUCGCAUGAGUCUUGGCAUUGAUAUCAUGCCUGGUACAGAAGAGGAUACUCGUCGCGCAGCUCUUGUCGACUUUGGGCCUGUGGACGAUGGUCGAGAUCGAGCUUUGUUGAAACCAUUGUUCAAGACUGAAGAGGGAAAGAAGAAAUCUGUCGAUUCAAAGAGUGGGAGUAGGCUCAAAGCCGACAAGGAGAUUUCGAAGAGGAAAGAGGCGUUUGUAUCGGAACUCAUGGGGAAUACUCGCGCUGCCAAAGAUCCUUUCUUGAACGAUGGGCGAAGUGAGAUGAAGGGACCAGCCAGGUUACCUGGCGUGAAGCGAAAACGACCAGCACAAGAAGCUGAGUCGCAUACUUCAGAACCACCAACCAAGGCACAAGCGAAAGCAACGGAGACGAUAGCUCCAACAGGUUUGGUGGACUAUGAUUCAGAUUAA